AUCAAGAUCACUUUUUUAUUUUAUAAUACUUCAAUCAACGAAUUUUCUUUUAAAAAGCCAUGCCAUCUGCGACUAUCAUCGUGGAACUGCCUCGCAACCGCCUCCUCAAGGAGGGAUGCAGUGAUGAUGACUUCCUCAUUAAUCAACUAUCAGGAAUCAACGACCAUCCCGAAGAGGAUGGAUUGCCACUUCGCAGGUGGCUUAUUCGAGAGGCUCAUGUUGCCUUGUUGUCUAAUUUAAAGCUUACUGAGGUAACUUUAAAGCCUAAAGCCGAAAAGACAUCGCGAACACACUUUUUAAUUCGAAUUGAAGACUCCGAUGCGUAGUAGCAAUAGUGGAGAGAAGUUAGGUUAUAUAUUUAAAUUUCACCAAUGCGGUAAAUCAGAAAGGAAAAUAGUAGUAAUCAAGGAAAAGCAAAAUAUUUACUUUGUAAUAUUCAACUCUUUAUUUUCAUAUAGUUACCAAUUAAGUCUUUACUUGCUUAUGAAUAAAGGUUCGCUUGCCUGACUAUAAAAGUGUUUUUAGUGUUUGGGUAAAAAACAUGAUUCACAAUUCUCCUAGACAAACGCAAGAAAGGAUUCUUUUAAUUAUACAUCAUAAUACAUCGUGAUCUAGUUAUGAAGUAUGAAAAGAGAGCUAAGUUUUCUUAGAUUAGUGAUACUAUUCCCCGAAAAAUUGGAACGUUUUUUUCACUAUUUUAAAUCGUAUAUUGUUCUUUUAUGUCAAUAAAUAUUCUGUAGGAUGAUGUAUGAAGCCUUUAAA